AUGAGUGUUCCACGUCCGCUAACGGAUCUGGAAAAACUCGCGAUCCUCGACCACCACACCUAUCAUUCAACCGUCAACUUCUCCCACACUGUUAGCAGAACAUUGCACACAUUCAGUCCCGAGAUCCCCAAUCUCUCCGAAGCUUCCAUUGAUUUCAUUAACAAGAUCAAUGAAGAGGGCAUCCGAAAGAGAACGCGCCAUGAAAUAGCCGCACGCACCUUGGCUGACUACAACUUGUGGUUGCUAAUUGGCACACAGGGCCACAAAGAAGAUAUGGCUAAGAGGAUCUAUUCCAGAUUUAACUCGAUGUUCGAGGUAGAUGUGGAACCGAAUCUGUUGGCAAGGUACGAAAGAAUCACUCGAGGUUUCAACUUAGCAUUUACUGGUGAGCCAAUAACUUUGAAGGCGGAGCUAGACAAGAUCGUCUCGUUGUCGAAGGAGUAUUCUCCCAAUUGCAUUUAUUUCUUCAACGAGGUCAACUUGAAGCAGCAGGAGAACAUUUUCACGUUCUCGUUGGCAGGGAACCUCAGCAACUCCGAUUUUCUCGAUCCCUUGGUCAUAACGAACUUGCCCAACGAGAAGUUUAACUACUACCCGACGGGCCUAUUAAACUCGUACCAAUUCGAAAACUACUUGAGGCGGAUCAACAUGCAAUUAAAACUGAACAACCGUCACAUCGUCUUGAUCUGCAGAAAUAACGUUUUCUUGGAUCCAAAACUGUUCUCAAAUAUCAAAAUUCAUUUCAUCAACUUGAAACACGACAAGCACUAUUCGCGUCGAAACUAUCUCAAGCUUCCUGACGAGUACGGAUUGAGCCAUUGGUUGAAAUUCAAUUUGACAGACAAGCUCUUCCAACUCAGUAACUUCACCGAACCAUCUUUGAUCGUGAGCUCGUUGUGUCUCUCAUAUCACCAAUGCAUUACAAAAUUAUUAAACAUUCCAAUCUAUCACAAGUUUGUCCAGUUGAAUAUAAACCGUUCAGAGUUUUUGGGCCCCUUUAACAAGAAUUCCAGACUUGAUAAAGAGUAUAUGGUUGUGUCUGAUAUCUACGUAGUGAAAAACGAAAAAUACGAUCGGAUCCCAACCAACUACUACAACAACAUAUUCAAGUCAGUGGACUACAACUAUGCAAGCAAGGACAUUUACUAUAUUCUCCAGGAAUUACGGAACUUUGGAUCGAUGAGCUUUACAUGUGAGACUACUAUGGAGGAAAUUUCUCAGUUUAUUGACAAGAAAUUAAUGCCAUUUAUUGCCAGCAAUCGAAAAUCAUCGUUAUCGUAUUUCAACGCGUUCUUCUCUGAACUUAUGGACAAAGAGAAGGGAAAGGAACUGCCCCCAUAUAAAGAGCCUACCAGAAGACUUUUUUCUAUACCGCUAGAUCAUUGGGUAUCAUUCAAGGUUAUUUUGGAUAUCGACAAUGCCAUGAGAGACGAACGACAGAUGAAUUUGUCCAAUGACGGAUAUGUGGAAGAUAAUUUAUUUCCAAAGGAUGACAGUAUAGUGAUUAAGAACUCAGGUACUUCAUAUUCAGGCAAGACAAAUGAAAUUUCUAGCUUGGAGAACGGUGAAUCGGCCAGAGUACAACCUCCAGCAGAAAAAGAGAGUUUGGCCCAGGCCACGAAAACAAUUGCUCAGAUUAAUUUAGUUGAUAAUGUGAGUUCCAACAACACAAAACCAUUGAAUAAUGUGCCAGUGGUCAUCACAGAUAAUUUAGCGGUAGUUGAAAAAGCUCCACCAACUAAUUUGCGUAUUAAUUUGCCAGCGGUUACAAAAGCCCCUCCAAUUAACUUGCCUCCGAUUAAUUUGCCAGAGGUUACAAAAGCUCCACCAAUUGAUUUGCCUUCAAUUAAUUUGCCAUCGAUUGCAAAAACUCUACCAAUUAAUGUGCCAGUACAUCCACCUAUACAAGAGGCAGCUUCUGAUACAAAUAUUCCCGAUCCCAGUCCAAUUGAACAUAGGCCUAUCAAGGAUAGAUCUUCAAUUUCACCCAAUAAAUUCUUCAACAAGGUGCCCUCUCCACCCAUUGCAAGCACACUGCCCAAAAUUGGAACAGUCAUUCCAACAACAAGCUAUUCAAAAAUUUCUGCAUUACCGUUGCCACUUCCAUCAAUAUCACCAGCAGUGGCCCAUCCACGGACCAGAAUUAUUGCGAAACAGGAACGUUCUAGUCCCGUGAAAAAACGGAAAACUACAGUACCACCCAUUCCCACAGUGAAAAAGUCCAAAAUCUUGGAGGUUUUGCAAAAGGAUAAGCUAUCGUUCGUUGGUGCUGGAGAUGGUCCUAUUUUUUCUGACGAUUCUGAAGAUUCUGAUAACUCGUUUGAUCCAACUAGGAACGAAAGAAUUAAAAUUAGGAACGAGAAUAAUCGGCCGAUGGUCCCUUCUGGUCUUAGCAAUACUAUUAUUUUCUCGGAUAGAUCCAAUACUUCGAUACAGUCCAGAAGUAACUCCAAAAAAUCCUUGGUUGAGAAUAGCGAUACUGGUACAAAUCCAAACCCUGAAGAGUCUGGAGCAGGUGGGAGUGAUGUUAAUGCUACACUCAACCGUCCCGAAUAUGCCCUGGAUUCAGAUAUUGCGGAAGAUAUAGCCAGAAUUUCUUCCAGUAGCUCCGAAUCUGAUGCUGAGUCGGAUGCUGACUAUGAGAGUGCAGAUGAAGGAAGCGUCUACCACAGCCCAGGUGAAGGCGCUCGUAUUGAGAGCCUUUUAAGUGACCUGGACUCCUCUGGCCAUGAUAUCAGUAAGCCAAUUGUGGUUGUGGAGAGUAUUCCAACUAGAAAGGAAAAGGUAGCUUCAACAAAUAACUCAAUUACCCUGCGUGGACUAGACACUAAUUCAAGCCAACCUAGAAGGGUUUCUUUGAUAUCAGAAGUGACCCAAAUCUCUGACAAUUCGGAUACUGAUUCUGAAGAUGACAAUGGGCCGGAAAGAAGAAAUCAUCUAGCUCCGGUUAUUGGCACUACCGUUGAAAUUAUUCCAGAUACUGAGUCAAUCGUUAUCACUAAAGACUCGAACUUGCAUGACAUUGUUAUGGCUAGUUCUAGCGACCAGGAUUCCGAAAUGAUGGACAGCGUAGAUGAAUUGGAUGAAAGAUUUCCGGUAUCUCAAAAAAGGAUGAUGAUUAAUACCCCUACAAAACAGGUUUCGACGAUCACUGAGACCCAUGAAAAUGGAGAGGAUGUCCCAAGCUCUGCAAAUCAGGCUAAUCGUUCUCAUACCGUCACAGCUGGUUCUCAAUCUUCUGAAUCUGCCAGCGAGGCUAGUAGCGACCUGGGUUCAGAUUCACACUCUUCUGCCUCUGAGACUGCCCCAAAACCUGCAACUCGGACAGUAGAGGAAGACCACGAUAUGGCCAGCAAGCGGAGUAAUAUUGCUCCUAAUUCAGUGCCCUCGAAAUUUGCAACUCAAAGAGUGGAGUUGUGGAGCGAGCUGGGCCUGGACUCCGACACUAUUAAGUCAGAAAAUACACCGAAGUCAGCACCUCAGGCACCAAUGCCAAUCAGAAAUUCCAAAACCGUUCUGGGUGUCCUCUCGAAAGGUUCAACUCAAACUCAUACAGUAGAGUUGUGGAGCGAGCUGGCCACAGACUCAGACUCAUCUAAAUCAGAGAAGUCAUUAAAGUCAGGAACGCAGGUAUCAAGGCCAAUCAGCAAUUCCGACACUGUUCUGCCAAAAUCAAACUCUUCCGAAUCACUGUUAGGAAAAACCUACAACGCGGAUAACCAGACCCAUGCUCUGUCCAGUCGGGAAUCUCUGCAUUCCCCUACCAACAAUAGCAAAUCCCAUGGUCAAAAUCCCAGUGAGUCACCACAUCGACUUGUAUCGCUCAAAGAUAUCAGAAAACCCGUAACAACAAAAGAGGACAUUCCGAAGCCUGAAAUCCGCCGCCCUGGCAUGGUGAAGAAGAACGCUUUCAAGGGAAGAAAUGAAUUCAGUUCAUCCGAGUCCGAAAGUAGCUCGGACGAUCUGUCCUCGGAGGAGGAUGAACCUCCAAAAGCUUCGCAGCCAACCAUAGUUCCAGUCAAGAAAAAUGUUUUGUUCAAGCUUCAUGUACCCAAAAUCGUGAGCCCCAAGAAAUACAAGAAUGGAGGACAACUGGGCUUGCCAAAACGGACAUUGAAAAAGAAGUAA